AUGGCAGCCUUCUCGGCCGAGGCGGAGGUCGAGUUCGCCCCGCGGCCGGGCCUGACGCUUACACUAGAUGAAGAUGAGCAACAAGUCACGCUCGCCGUCGUGAAGCCCGAGGACCGGAUCAGAAUAGUCGCCGUCGCGCUGCGCGGGUCAAAACCUCUAAGCGAGGUAGCAAAGGCCGUCGGCGCGCAGCGCCUCUUCCACGACGGGUCCGAGAUCGACCUUGGAGAAGAGGUGGACGCGGUCCACGCGCGCGUCGCGCGGUCCUUCAAAAGGCAGACGGGCUCGCCGUACCUCCUCGCGGUCUGUCAAGAGGACGCGCCCGCGCCAGAACCGCCCCAGGAGCUGAUCGACGAGACCACGACCGCGGCGUUAGUCGUCGCGCACGUCGCUACGGGAGGAGACGUCCGCGGCGCCGCGGCGCGCGUUUUGAGUGAGCCGCCGGAGUUCGCUUCGAUGGUCGUCGCGGCGGGCGGCGCCGCGGCACUUGUGGCAUUGCGACGGCGCGCGACGGAAGCUAGAGUGGGAGGCGACGCGGCGUCCGCGGCGCGGCGUGCCGCGGCGCUCCGCGGCGCCGGGUCCACGUUCCUCGGGGCCCUCGCCGCGGGCCACGCGGCGCUGGAUCGACGGCGCGAUCUUGUGGAGGCGGACGGCUUUGCGGGAGUCCUCUGCGAGGUGCUGGCCCACGCGGGCGCGCCGUCCGAGGCGGCUCCAUUGGAAGACGCGCUGCCGGACGCGUGCGUCGCCGCCUGCGUUUUGUGCCGUGGGUCCGGGGCCGCCUCAUCAAAAGACGCCGUCGAGGCGCGCCGUGUACUCGUGGAAGCCGGCGGCGUCGCGGCGCUCGAGCGGGCUUUGGCCGACGUCUGCGGCCGCGAGGCGACGGACCCGACGCGCUUCGACCCGCCGCGGCGCCGCGUCUUUGGGGAAGGUCCCGUCGAGGAGGCCGCGCUCGCGCGCUUUUUUGGUAGAAGAAGACCUUGCAGCGCGCUCCUCGUGGACUGCUACGCUUCGUUAAGGGAGGACGAGCCUGGCGCGUGGGCGGUGCCCGAGGCUUCUGCGUUAUCUUUAAGACGCCUCGCGCGGGGCUGGCCCUAUCUCAACGAAAACGUUUACGACGAGGCCGAGGCUGCCCAGGAUUUGGUAGGGCUGCGGGCGGCGGGCGGUCCCUGCGUCGUCGAGGCGUUCUACAGCGCGCGCGCCGUCCUCGGUGCGUCCCGGAUAACCAUGCCGCCGGACCUGGAACGAGCGGCGGCUCUGAAGGACCAGGGCAACGCGUGCGCUUCGCAGGAUUUGUGGGACGACGCCGAGGCGCGCUUCGCGUGGUGCCGUAGAUUAGUGCACGGCCCACGCCUGAGCGCCGACGCGGCGGCGCUGGCGGUCGCGGCGCACGCGAACCGCGCCGAGGCGCUGUUGCGGCUCCGCGACCCUCAAGCUGCAUUACUGGAGUGCCGCGCGGCGCUUCUCCUAGAUCCGGCGCACGAGAAGUGCCGGGCGCGGGUGCUGCGGGCCGACGCAAUGAUUGCCCGUGGUGAUGAUGUAAGUGAGUAG